AUGCGAGCACUAUUUUUGCUCUAUUAUUUAAUUGUUCAAGUAACGAUUAUAUGUGGUAUUAAUCAAUAUUUGGGUUGUUUUAUCGAUCAUAUUGACAAUCAUGAUCUUGAAGUAUUUAUUGGUAAUUAUAAACACUUAACUUCUAAACAAUGUAUUGUUGCUUGUCAAAAACAAAAUUAUCAGUAUGCAGCAAUACAAUAUGGUAGUGAGUGUCGUUGUGGACAACAAUAUGGAAAAUAUGGUCAAGUAUCAGACGAUCAAUGCCAUUAUUUAUGUAUAACAUCUGAAAAAUGUGGCGGUGAUAAUCGAAAUAGUGUUUAUAAUGUUAUUAACUCGAUUGAUUUAUCUACAACAGAUUCGACAUGUUUGAAUACUAUAGUUGGUUAUCAAGGUUGUUUUGAUGAUAUAACCUUAGAUAUAAUGAUGGGUGUUGUGAACUCGAUUGAAGAAUGUAUUUCACAGUGUGCUACGAGCUAUAAUUAUGCAGGCAUAAUCAAUGGUAAUUUAUGUCGUUGUGGAAAUUAUUUAAAUCAACUAGCUGUGAAUUCUAUUCUAUGUAAUAUUUCAUGUAAUAGAAAUUUAAAUGAUAUGACAAUUGAUUGUUGUGGUGGUUUGCAUGCACUCAGUAUUUAUAAUGUUAAAAAUUAUCAAUAUUCUUUAGCUGAAGAUUUAUCUGAAGCACAUAUCCGAGGUGUAGAACCGAGAUUAGACACUAUAAUGACAUCAUCAGAUACCAGUGUUACAAAUCCAUCAACAAUAUCAUCUCUAAGUGAUACUAAUACUUUAUCAACGAAUAGCAAUAAUAAUAGUCCAUCGAAUAAUGAAAUAACAAGUACUUCAGGUUCUCUACCUAUUGCAGCUGAUAUGAGCUCAAUGACAAGUUCAUUAUCAACUUUGACGUACUCUAACAUGACUUCAUCAGUAACAUCUUUAGAUACAACUGUAACGACAUUGGUUUCGUCUACUACUGGUAUUGGUGAAUCAUCUAUUUCCACUCAAUCCUCAUCAUUAACGUCAAUAAUGCCAUCUACGACAUCGUUAUCAUCAUCAAACACUUCUGAUAGCAUCAGCGCGACUCCAAUACUGACUGAGUCUUCAAUGUUCACAGUUCUUAGCACGACCUCAACGAGUAUUAUCCAAACUGAUUCACAAUUUCUUUCCACCGUAGAUACUUCAACAAAUACUCAGCAGUCUACCAUAAAUUUGAUGACGAGCACAAUGGUUUCAUCCGAAUACAUUUCAAUGCCAGCAAGUCCACUCGACACUAGUACGUCUAUGUCACAUUCUACAGACUCAGUAUCGACGAUUACUAGUGUAACGGCUAUUACUGUUUCGACAACUCAAUCAUCAUCACUCACAGAUACAUCCCUAACUACCAUUAUCAAUGUAUCAUCUUCAUCUUCACACGUGAACACUGGUGAAACAAUUAAUAGUGAAACAGUACAUUCUACUACAGUAAUGUCAACUCAAUCAUUGAUGAAUACAGAUACAUCGGAAACAAUAAUUACCAGUCUAUCCUCUUCGUUUGCAAAUACGACCACGUAUCAGACUACCAGCGACACUGAAGCAUACACUAAUAAUGCUACAUCAACUUCACCUAUUACAUUCACAGCUCCAUCGUCUUCAAAUACACAUAUUUCGCAAGAAACAAACAUCCAUAUAUCUUCCUCGACGAACAUGGAUAUAUCACAGACAGCUAGUAGUACAGCUACAAAUACUGAGAUACUAUCUACUUCAGCCGUUACAUUUACAAACCAACCAUCUACAUCGCUACACAUAAGUACAAGUGACAGUAUUGAAAGCACAACAAUCAAUACCGCUUCUGUAACACAACCUUCCUAUGCAACAUUCACAAGUGAAUCAUUUUCUCACACUGAUGCAUCACAACAAAUAAGUACUGACACAUCAUCAUCACUACCUACAGCCACUUCGAUACCUGUUACACUUUUAACGAUUACAAGUUCAUCGUUACCAAGUACCGAGGUAUCACAAGUAACAAGUAACGGCAUUUCGUCGUCAGCACACUUAGACACAAGUGAAACAUUUAGUAGCACGUCCCUGAAUUCUAUCGUUACGACAUUUUUUUUUCUUUCAACAGCAAUUGAUUCAUCAGUAUCACCAACAUCAGUUACCCAUACAUCAUCCUCAUCGUUGCAUACGGAUACAAGCCGAGCAAUUGACAAUACUGCAGAAAACACAGCUACUACGACACAAAUUUCAUCUAUUUCAUUCUCAAGUCAGCCAUCGUUGCAUACAAGUAUCUCACAAGAAACCAGCUCUGACACGUCCUCCUUACAGCAUACGGAUAUAAGUCAAUCAACUGCCAGCAUAACAAUCCAUACUGCUACUCUUCCAUCUAUUUCACCUUUCAUAUCAUCAAGUCAGUUAUCCUCACUAACAGGAAUCUCACAAGAAACUGUUUCUAGUACAUAUUUUUCACCACAAACGGAAACAAGUCAAUCAGCUGGUAGCACAAUAAUAAAUACUGUUACUCUUGAAUCAAUCUCACCCAUUACGUUGUCCAGUCAAUCAUCACUACAUACAAGUGUCUCACAAGAAGCCAGUUCUGGCAUAUCUUUCUCGACACAAACGGAAACAAGUCAAUCAGCUGGUAGCACAACAAUAAAUACUGCUACUCUUGAAUCAAUCUCACCCAUUACGUUGUCCAGCCAAUCAUCACUACAUACAAGUGUCUCACAAGAAGCCAGUUCUGGCAUAUCUUUCUCGACACAAACGGAAACAAGUCAAUCAAGUGGCAGUACAACAAUAAAUACUGCUACUCUUGAAUCAAUCUCACCCAUUACGUUGUCCAGCCAACCAUCAUCACAAACAGGUAUCUCACAAGAAACAAGCUCUGGCACAUCUUUCUCGACAGGAACGGAAACAAGUCAAUCAAGUGGCAGUACAACAAUUAAUACUGCUACUCUUGAAUCAAUCUCACCCAUUACGUUGUCCAGCCAACCAUCAUCACAAACAGGUAUCUCACAAGAAACAAGCUCUGGCACAUCUUUCUCGGCAGAAACGGAAACAAGUCAAUCAAGUGGCAGUACAACAAUUAAUACCGAAACUAUUGCAUCAAUCUCACAUAUUACGUUGCCCAGCCAAUCAUCGUCAUAUACAGGUAUCUCACAAGAAACUGCCAGUAGUAUAUUUUCUUCGUCGAGCACGGAUACAAGUCAAGCAAUUAGUAGUAGCUCAACAGCAAGUACAGUGACUGUGGCAUCACAUUCUUUCACUAUGAUCAGUGCUGAAACGUCUUCAUACACAGAUGCUACUAUUACUCUGAGUUCAAACAGUGCCGCUUCAAUUAGUAGUUCAGCGUCGUCAAAUAUAAUUGGCAGCAGUCAUUCAUUCAACACUGAGACUGUAGGUAGCUUCACAUCAACCUUAAUGACGAUAACUAAUACUAUGGAACAAUCAAUACCUUCAUCUCAAGCAAUAUCAACUACUUCCGUAUUUUCGACUUCGAUUCCAUCGACUUCUUCUGUUAGCGAAGCAACCAGCUUGUCAUCAGGCUCCUCUACAUUUAUGAGUAUUGGAUCUCAGAGCAGUUCGAAUAUAUUAUCAACACAGUAUCAAUCGACAUAUCCUAGCCAAUCUGCAACGUCUGUUAGCGAAGGAAUUAGUGCAACAGUAACAUCUAUUAUACAAACCCAAGGUUCAUCAACAAUUACAGGUUCUUCAGUAACAGAUACAACACAGAGUGAAUUAUCAAGCAGCAUAUCAGUUUUGAGUAGUUCUUCAAAUGUUGAAACACAAGCAACAGUUACAAGUCUCCCAUCAUCUUCGUAUACAGAAAUAAGUGUACAAACAGCAACUUCAACUCAAUCAGCUAUCACUACAGCAACCCUUUUUACACAAUCGACAGCCAUUGAAACAAGUACCGCUACAUUAACAAGCUUCUCCAGUACUACCUUAACUUCAAGUGCUAUUGGAAAUGUAACAGUUGUCAGUAGUACACCAACGUCUACCGUUGCAGUUACCACUGAAGUGACUCUGACGUCUAGUGCAAGUAGUUCAAAUGUAGUCACAGCAACAACAAUAUCUCAAACGAUUACUUCUACAUUAACCACUGUUAAUACAACAAAUACAACAAUUACAACUGCUUUUACUUCACAAACAUCAAGUAGUACGAAUGUCACCACAUCUACAAAUACUUCAACUACAACCACACCUCUACCAACAUAUUUGAUAUUUACAGAUUUCCGAGUACCUAGCACAAAACCUUUCGAUCGAAAUAAUAAAACUCACGAAGAAGAACUUCGACAAGGAUUAUUUGCCGUUAUAAAUUUGGGCUUUAUAUGUUUGAAUAAUCCAUCCAAUUUAGAAUGUUUACAAUCAUCACGACGUAAACGUCAGACAGUUCAGAAUUAUCUUAUUCAAAUAAUUUCUAUAGUUUUGCUUUCUGAUCCUAACACUUUUCCGAUAACAUAUAGGGUAUAUUAUACGGUGACUAGUUCAACAAAUAAUGCAGUAUCAGCUACUGCUGUUAAAAUAGCCACUGACAAACUAACAGAAAAUCAAAGAAGCAGUUUAUUGGGUUUUCCAAUUGUCGGUGAUUUUAUACAAAGUCCAAGUAUUUUGCCUGAAGUGUCAACUCCAACAACUGAUAAUAAAUUAUGGAUAAUCGGUGCUGUUCUUGGACCUAUAGCGUUUGUUUUAUUACUUAUUGGUUUAUCUUAUUUUAUUUAUUCUAAAUGUCAGAAACGAGGAAAUAAUCAAAGCACUGCUGAAGCUUUUUACAAUGUUCCACAAACAUCAUCUCGAGCAUUAAAUUAUGCAACAACUUCCAAUGAAUUUACACGAGGACAAGCAACACCUCUUAAUAAUCCUCGUGUAUUAACUCAAAAUGAUGUUUUAGCUGGUAAUACGAUAUCAUCAAGACGAUCACCACCGAUUGAAUUACAAAGAACUUCAAAUAAUAUUUCACAAUAUCCUGUGUCAGUUGAUAUACCAAUGCAAGAAAUGCGUCAUCAUAGUGAUGCUGAACAUUGGAGAAAUAAACUUCGUUUACAAGAAAAAUUUGAACAACGUUAUGCUGAUCCAUUAAAUGAUCUUGACCAAGUUUAUAACUUAUCUGUACCAAGAACAACAUCAUCAGCAACAAAUCGUUCUCGUACGUAUCAAUAUAAUAAUCCAGUUUUUCAAUCUCAUCUUCCAAAUGCUUCUAUUCCACCAAAUAAUGAUAUGAAUAUGUAUGAACAAACUCCAUCAACACAAGCAAUACGUCGUACACCGCAACCAUCUGAUACUGAAGCAGGACGAACAAGAUUACAUCGUUUAUUAGAUGAAGUACUUGAUCAAGCUGAACCAAAUCAACCAUAUACUACAGAUUCAAUAAAUGAACAACAAAGACAACGUCGACAACGACGUCGUAGUCAUUCAACAUCUUAUGAUCCAAGAAACUCACGUAUUAUCAACGAUAAUGAACAAAUUUAUCAUACACCUAUUAUACCACAAGUAUCUGAACGUCCUGAUCCUAAUCUUAUACGUCUUUAUUAUGAUCCAUAUGAAGCUGGUGAUCGUACACAUGGUAUUGAACAUUCUAUGCCUGCUGUAUUUAAACCUAAAUAUCCAUCAGAUGAUAAUGAUAUUAGAAAACAUUAUUCUGUAUCACCUUUUCAUCCAAAACCACCGUCAUUAUAUGAUGAUUCAACAUUAAUGGAUCGAGAAAGAACAACAACGAUGGAGCCUUAUGAUACUCCAAGACGUGAAGCUCGUAUACGUAUUGAAACUGAUCGCGAAUUUAUGAUGCGUCCUAAUCGUGAUCAUAUUGGACAACGUCAACAUAGAUUUGACAAUGAUGCUGUUUAUAUUGAUACAAUACCUAAAAAUCGAAAUGGUAUACGAGUACAAAUACACAGUGAAUGGACACCAAGAGACAAUAAUAAUGAUGAAUUCUUUCAUUUAAAUCAAUCAGAUUUAAAUAAACGUAAUGAUUAUCAUGAUGAAUAUAUGUUGGCUAAACAAGGUGUUGUAAAUACGAAAAAUUUAGUAUCUGCUAUACAUGAUGAUUUACAACAAAUUGUUUCUGAUCCAUCAUCUGAUAGUCAUUAUAUGUGA